CGCUGUGUCCCCCAUGUCCCCCCUGUGUCCCCCAUGUCCCCCCCGUGUCCCCCACCCCAUGUCCCCACUGUGUCCCCCAUGUCCCCGCUGUGUCCCCCAUGUCCUCCCCACUGUGUCCCCCAUGUCCCCACCGUGUCCCCCAUGUCCCCGCUGUGUCCCCCAUGUCCCCACCGUGUCCCCCAUGUCCUCCCCACUGUGUCCCCCAGGCCCGCCCAUUCCCUGGAUCGCCUCCCGGCCAUGAUGGCCGAGGCUCUGGAGCGCUGGCUCCGGGAGGAGAUGGAGCUGCCGCCCUCCGCAGCCCCCACUUGGGAUUACGUCACCCGCCACGUCCGGAACCAGCGGUGA